AGGGUGCGCUCCCCUAGUGCGGUAUAUAAAUGAUAUAUCACUCCAGGCCAACACUUGUUUCUUGUAGAAUUCCCGGAGCGGUGGAGCUUGAGGACCAGAUCUCGCUGCUGUGUUCAGCUCUGCGUUAAUUGUUGUCGUGACAAAGCUUGAGCAUAUGCGCACGUGCUACGUGCUUGAAUCUUCCCUCGUGACUUCAACAACGGUGUCACGUGCUUGUAGUGCAGCGGAAGUCUGCAAUAAAGCUGGAAAUAUCAGUCAACUGGUGUCCCUCUGCCAACAGCUGAAUAAGUGUCACUUUCAAAACCAAGGACCACUCUCGAGACAAUUUACCCUCUCGAGAAAUCUUCAUUGUGUUAUGGCGGUCAGGGAAAUGUCGUCUGCUCUGCACAAAGUCCCUUCCAAGUUACUUCGCUCACAAACCAACGACUAAAAAUAGCUUCAACACUGGACAAAUAUAUGCGCAGCUGAAAGUAUGUUGAUAUGCUUCAGCGCCCCACGGCACUGACUGCGAAACAGACGACAUUCUCUCGCAGGUAUACGGUGAACUAGGAAUCAAGCAAAUUCUCAUGGAGAACGAUAACGCCAGCCAUACUCGACCUGAAACGAAGGUGAAGGUCAAAAGUUGAAAGAAAAGUUAAAGAAGUGUGGGCAGUUUCGUACCAACGACCGUCAUGAAACCUGCCUUACUUGUCAGUAUUAUAUUCUGUCACGUGAUCCCAGCAGUCUUGGCAGUGAAACUCUCGCUGGGAGCCACAGGUGCUAGAGGCAACCACGCCAUUCAUCACCGUUCAAAUGCGGUAACUGGAAAAACAGUUUUACUAAGAAAUGGAGAAUAUUUAUCAUUUUACUUGUGUCUGAGACAAGAUACGUCCCUCCGAAUCAGUAACGUCAGAUAUUCCAACGACGGCGGCCCUGACCUUGUCUCCUUAACUAUCGAUCACGUGGACGCCGGGUCAUUCUUAACGGGGAACAGAUCCGAUUGGGGUAAGCUGUGGAAUGUGUUCCAUAUAUCAGGGCCGGUUGGGACACCGUGGAUUUUCAGGGAGGGCUUGCAUGUGUUAUCCCUUCUCGCAAAGGCUGCCAAUGGGAUUGAGAUUGAUUACGUUGAACUGGAGCUUUCCGAUCAGACCAUAACGCAUGACAUAUUAACCUGCGCGCUUGUGUGUUCAAACGUUCUACCAACCGUCCCCCCAGUGAACGCGAACGUGCUGGAGAACGCUACCCUCCUACAGACCAGCUAUCCCACAAAAUGUGCAGAGGAAGAUAACGUCAAGAUACCGGUGUUUCUGAAAAACGUCAUGUCCUACAAACUCACGGCGACGAUGCCAGAUUACAAGACGUUCAUCAACGACCGUCAACCAAACACAACAGGAUGUGUGUCUCUUCCAUCUGUAUACUGGAAGAUUUCACAUUUCGUGAUACCACAACCCCUCAGCCGGGCCACGUUCCCUGAAGUAAGGAUGGACUUUUUGUUUGGUAGAAACAAACCCUUCACCUCCCAGGUACUGCAGUUUGUGUUCCGACUCAAAGGCCAGUCACAAGGCUAUAUUGAUGCUGAUAUUGGGUCUAAAGUGACCAUCAAGAUCCAACCCGUAAAAUCUAAGGUAACAAUGAGAGUGUUGUACCAAGGACGCGUGAAGAAGAUCAUGGGACUGGUUGAUGAAGUAUUUAAGCCAGGAGAGACAACUAAAGAGUGGCACAUUCCUGAUUUUUCAUGGACGGAAUUUGAUGAGAAUGUUCUUCUUGUUUCUAUAGCGACAUCUGAAAUAAGCUCUCUGACAUUUGAUUACGUGCAACUUGAGAGACGAUAUAUGAGGCCUGAUCGGCCAUUUUCAAUUUUCAGGUCGGAUAAUCUCAUAAUUGAGGGCAUAGACGUUGACUUCUGGUGGCGAGCCCCAGAGACAAUGAAGGUCCACCGUCUGGACACUGGGGAGGUCUUCAACAAAGUGGACUAUUUCCGUAUUUCACGUCCAGUUCCUUGGUCAAAAGGCUUUGCCCAGAUAUUUGUUCUUUAUCAAGAUGGAAACAUUCGACUCUUAGAACUGCCACCUCCAGGACUGGACUGGAUACCAUUUGGUACGUCGGUGAUUGUGGGACAGUCUGACGCGGACACUCUCAGACCUUCCUCCCCUAUUGUCAGAAUGGAUUUGGCCCCUGCCAAUCUGACCAUGACCUUAUAUUAUGCUGAUGGGGGUUCAGCAAGGUUAGAUCUCAAAGCAGCCAUCCCAGAAACAUCGUUGACAGUGUCUAGCCUCGUUUUCAAGAAAGAUACUACGCGGUACCCUUUUGCCACCUUCCGGUCCAUGCAUGUAAAGGACGGUAACUCCGACUCUGACAGCGUCAUGGUCGACGGGGAAAGGGCGUUUCACGUCAUGCACGGCUGGACGUCUCUAACGGGAAAGUCAUUCCUGUUGUUCCGACGUUGUCAGUCCAAGCAUCUCACACUGAGUCCAGACAUAAGGCUGGAUAUUGAGCAGACCACAUCUUCACAGACUAGCCAGAUCAUGAACAGCCAAAUGUGGUCGGAAUUUGUAGAAUGGAGGCGAAUUAUGGGCUUCCACUGACACUAAUGACAUCAUUCUUCACCAGAUCAUGCAUGAAACGUGCACUGUGUGUUGUCUGUACAUCCUUCUAGGUAUAUUUAUAACAACUAUAGUCACCCACAACAUACUACAUUCAAACACCUUCCAAGGCAUAUCUUGCUGUAAGUCCGAGCAGGUCAAUAAGAAGUACAUCUAAAGAGUAACGAUGCACUUGACUGAAAUCCUGGCUUGUCUAGAAAUAGUACUUUGCUCGAAUGUGUUACACAGAUGUGUCUUGACAUCAACAUGUCGUGUCGUGACUUACAUUAGACAUGGGAACUUCUCUUAAACUACCUGAUCCUAAUUUGCCAUUUGGACAUAACAGAAGGGGCACGAACACUAGCUGAAAAUAUAUUACAACAUCACUAAGUGUCAUGUUUUAAUGGCUCUGUUCUGCACUUAACGUAUUGUAAAAUGGGAUUGGGAGAAAGAGGAGUGAGUGAGUUUAGUUUAACGCUUUUUGCAGUAUUCUAGCAGUAUCACGGCGUGGGGGCACAUGAAAUGGGCCUUACACAUUGUACCCAUGUGGGGAAUUGAACCCGGGUCUUCUGCCUGACGAGCAGCGCUUUACCCACUAGGCUACCCAACCACCCCGGAGAAAGGGGAGUGGAAGUUAAUAUCAAAUCAUUAAAAGAAACUCGUUUCUCUUGAAGAUAAGUUUUCUUCGUUAUUAUUUAUAGACAACAACAGAACAAAGUUCCUAGUCUGCCGGAUGUGGCCACGUGACUUCUUCCCCUUGACCCCGGGAUGUCUGUAGGUGCCCUUGUGUGGUCUAUUUAUGUAUAUGUUACACGGAUGCUUGUGUCUCAUGACUUCUAUAGCCCUGUCAGAUCGUGUUUACGUUAUGUUGGCUGUGUGUCGCAUAAACAUUGUGCAAAUUGAAGUAUGUCCCCUUCCCUCUGGUGUGUCAAUCCCGUAGAGCAACUGCAUGCGUGAAGUAAUUUAUUCAGUUCCGUGUUAUGCACACAAAUGUUAUUUUUGAUGUAUUCCAUAUUUCUAUGCAGAAAACUUUUAAACUAUGUUUGACAAAUUACUUUGAAAUAAGUGAGUGAGUGAAUUUAGUUUUUCGCCGCUUUUAGCAAUAUUCCAGCAAUAUCACGGCGGGGGACACCAGAAAUGGGCUUCACACAUUGUACCCAUGUGGGGAAUCGAACCCGGGUCUUCGGUGUGACGAGCGAACGCUUUAACCACUAGGCUACCCCACCGCCCCGCUUUGAAAUAAGACCAAAUAUGUAUUGAAUCUGUGUGGUUUGGGUUUAAAGAAACUGGAUGGUUUGAGACUAACUAGUCUUCUUUAUUACUCAUUUACAUCACCAAUGUUUAUCAUAUAAGGGACUGCCGUUUGGGCGGGCUGUUAUAAAUACUCCACAAAGUCGUCAUAUGUUUAUCUAUCUUGAGCGGACCGGGGCGUUCAAAAACGUGUACCGUGUAUAUGUUUAAUUUUUCCUGUAUAUAUAUUUUCAAAAUAAAUUGAAAUCGAUGUUUGUAA